AGAGUCAUUUCCCACAAACAGACUCAGGUGUACGAAACAGCAGAGUUAGUUGUUUUUAUUUAAAGAAUAUGGGGUGAAUAGAAAGGAUAGAGUGGAAGCUUCGUAGUGCCUGGUUGUAUUUAAGCAGAAAACGUUAGAAGAAGUCAGCGGUGUUCAGAGCACGAAAUGAGUGACUCAGACAGGUGAGAGCAAUGCAACAUGGGCAGGAAUGGGCCAGAGUGUGACUCCAGGAAGCAAAAGAGUCAGUUAUCAUGUGGGAAAACAGCCAACUUCAAGUCCUCCGCGUGGAGCUGAGAGUGUGUAAAAGGAGACCCCGCCAGCCUCCAUGGCUCAGUCGUCAGACCCAUCCCACAGAGAGAAGACCCCAGGGACCCAAGGGUCACACACAGCUACGCGCAACCUCUUACGGAAGAAGGAGCAGCGCCGGCGUGGAAUCCGAUCCUCCUCACCAAUGGGUCGGGUCAUCCUCAUCAACUCUCCUGUGGAUGGUGGUGAUGAUAGCGAGGACCUCCACACUAUCACGGUGGAUAAGAGUGUGGACGGCAAGCUCGGAUUCAGUGUGCGUGGAGGCUCAGAACAUGGCCUCAGCAUCUUUGUCAGUAAGGUAGAGGACAACAGUGCAGCGGAGGCAGCAGGCCUGCUCGUAGGUGACAAACUGGUGGAGGUGAAUGGCAUCAGCCUGGAGAGCAUCACUAUGAGCAGUGCUGUGAAGGUGCUGACGGGCAACAACAGGCUAAGGAUGGUGGUGAGACGUGUUGGCAAAGUCCCUGGUAUCCGCUACUCCAAGGAGAAAACUACCUGGGUGGACCUGAUUCACAGGCGUAUGGUGGUGGAGGAGAGUGGACGGACGCCUUCUGAGGCCAGCUCAGGCAGCGCCCUGCAAAGGAUUGUCCACCUUUACACCACCUCUGAUGACUACUGCCUGGGUUUCAACAUCCGUGGGGGACAGGAGUUUGGUCUGGGCAUCUAUGUCUCCAAAUUGGAUCCAGGUGGCCUGGCUGAGCAAAACGGAAUUAAGAUGGGGGACCAGAUCCUGGCUGCCAAUGGAGUGAGCUUUGAGGACAUCAGCCACAGCAGUGCUGUUGAGGUCCUGAAGAGUCACACACAUGUUAUGCUGACCAUCAAGGAAGCAGGACGGUACCCUGCCUAUAAGGAGAUGGUGGCAGAAUACAGAUGGCUUAAUAAAUUGGCCAAUGGUACUCAGAAGUCUUCCUCCCAGGGCUCAGAAUCCUCUUCAGCCUCUUCUCUGUCAUCUGGGACUCCGGUGAGCUCUCUGAGCGGCCUGUCGCAGGUCAUGUUCCCGCCCAGCCUGCCAUUUGGUUCUGACAUGGUGGAUGUGUGCAUCUCCACUGAGGACCAGAGGUCUGAGUCAGAGCAGACAGAGACUGCCAUUCAGACAGAUCUACCUCCUCUGAGAUCUGGGACAGACACCACUCGCAGCCUGGGACCGACCACUCUGCUCAAAGACACGGUGAUUCGUGAAGAGGAGAGUAAAGGGAAGAAAUUGUCUCCCAAAACAGCCGUGCUGCUGGCUCUUAGCAGGCCAAGCCGACCCAUCACCAGGUCACAGAGCCAAGUGACUGUGUCAGAGAUAAAGCAGAAAAAAGAGAAGAAGCAGAAAGGAAAGGACCCCGAGGAGAAGAGCACCCUGCAGCGCUCGAAGACCUUCGUUAACUUGCUUUUCAAGGGUGGACGGAAGAGAGACACUUCAAGGGGGCGUUCAAAGUCCCCGUCCAAAGACAAGGCUGGGAAAGAUGGAGGACGGGCUGGCGAGAUGCCAAAUUCAGACAUGCUUGGAGUGGUGGAGGACAUGGCCCGCAGGCUUCUGACUGAGGAGGAGGUGGCUGCUGUAAUGAAGACGUGCAGAAGGUACGUAGCAGAUUGUUCGGUGGAAAAUCUGAUACGUCAUCUGCUGGUUGUGCUGGACCGCCCUGAGAAGCUGCUGCUGCUUAGAGAAGUCAGAAUGCUGCUUCCUCCUUCUGAUCUGAGUGUAUUCAAUAACAUGGUGACUGCCGUUGAAGCUGAGGCCUACGAUAUCCUCAAGUAUCGCUCAGUCCGGACUCCUCCUCUUCGCUCUCCUAUUUCUGGUCGAACACCAAAACGGCGCCUCAUCACUCCCAUCCCAGAUUACCGGGGAGGCUUUGAGCUCCACAGUGCUGAGGAGGUGGAGAAGGAGAGCCACCUGCUGGAGGAGCUGGAGAAGCUCAGCUUGACUGGGCCCCGUGUGUCCAAAGACAGGCUCCACACCUCCAGGUCCUUCACGCCUCUGCUGGACAUACCGGUGGAUGGAUACAACACAGAGUCCAGAGACCUCAGACCUCCAGCUGCCAGCCCAGUGCUCCCCAACUGGCUGCUGGCCCGCAGCACCGACUCCAGGCCUCCUCUCCAGACAGAGAUCGGCACGAUUCGCUCCGUCCACUUUGAUGAGGUGUCGCUGCACUCUGCUUCAGAUAAGGGAGAUACGAACUUAGAACGGGGACGGCCGCCGUUUAGAAACAGUCACUCUAAAGGCAAAAAGGAGAAAAGUGGGGACAGAAGUAAAGAAGCCGUGUUUACGCUGCAGAGCGCUGCUCGCAGGAGUCGGCCUUUAUUGUCGCAGGUGUUUGGUUCAAAUCAGAAACUGGGGCGUGAACAGGUGAACGGUCAUCAGGCUUCUUCUGAGGACAUGAUCAAUGGCAGCGACUCCAAACAGGAGUAUGAGCUCCGAACUGUCAGCAUCUCCAAGACCAAACAGUCUCUGGGUAUCAGUAUAUCUGGUGGGAUGGAGUCAAAGGUUCAGCCAGUGGUGAAGAUUGAGAAGAUCUUUCCUGGAGGAGCUGCCUCCACCUGUGAAGUUCUCAAGGCUGGAUUUGAGUUGGUGUCUGUGGAUGCUGUUUCCCUACAAGGGGUCACCCAUCAGCAUGCCGUUGACAUAAUCCGAAAAGCCUUCAGCAAUAAGGCCAAAAACCCCAUGGAAUUUGUUGUCAAAGUCCCCAAAGAUCUUUGAAAGGACUCUGAGAUGCUUUUGUGGAUUUAGAAAAAAUAUCCAGUGAUAAGCAGCCUCUGGAAUUUAACUUGGAGACUGGUAAACUUUUACCAGCACAUACUGCUGAGGUCUGUUAUGCAUUUUUUUGCCAUUCACAUUAAAUUUGGGAACAAGGACACAAAAACUUUCUGAACUGAAACAAAGCUGCAGAUAAUAUUUAAGAGAAAAUGAACAAACCAAAAAGUUGUUUGUGUACAAAUGACAUCGCUCGCUUUCACAACCCUGGAGCCAGUGCCUGCCCAGAACAUUUUUAACUUGUUGUACCAAUAUCCAUUAGUGCAUAACGUUCUCAAAGAUGGAUAACUGUAGGUUAUGCUCCUGAAUUUUAAACUGUGCAGGAUGGCAAACUUCAACUUGAGUGCCUUUGAAAGCCCCAGUGGACUGAAUAUUAAUAAGAAUCCAUGUUAAGGUGGCUUUAAAUUCUGUUUUCUACCUGAAGAGGGCAGACACGGACCAUUCACAAUAUUCCUGUGGACAGCAGCUAGCAAGAAGGAUUUCUGAAAAGUUACACCAGAAAAUAUUAAAUGUAAACAGAGAAAAUUCAUCUGUACAUGAAAGAAAGACCUGGUGUAAUAAAUACAAACUGACACAGCUGUUAAA